AUGGCGUCGUUUCUAACCGAUUUGCCUAGUUCAAAUCCAGCUCACUUCUCUCAACUUCCCGACAAAGAAUUGAAGGUGCACGAUGGCUCAAAGACUGCGAAGAUUGCCUACCACGUACCACGUCGUGACGAUGAGAAAUUGAUUACUAACGAUAAAAAACCAUAUAUACUCAGGUUCUUAGAAAGGCAAUGGGCUGUUAGGGCGGAGGAGGAGCGUGAGGGCCGCAUCGAAUCCUCUAAGUCUAAGAAAAAGAAGAAGGUGGAAGUCAAGAAGCGUGCGAGCACUGACGUACCUUCCACUUCAUCUGACCCCAAGACUAGGAGAUUGAGUUGA